GCUCCAGCUGUGUGUGUGUGUGUGUGGAGAGGGGGGGUGUGUUCCAGUGAAGCCAGAGCGAGAGCUUCCCUGAGGAACCCCGUCCAGCGAUGAGCUUCCAGCUGAGGACCGAGGCGCGUCUCUGCCAGCUGCACUGCUGCGUGGGCCUGACGGACUGGGACAUGGACAAGGAGCUGAAGCUGGCCACCACCACCGACCAGUUCCACCACGACGACAAGCUGAUGGACCAAUACGUGGUCCAGAGGCCCUGUGCCAGACCCCCCAGGAGGAAGGAUGAAUUCAUCUGGUACGACAAGACGUCAGACUCCUUCGUGAAGCCCAACCUGUGGCUGCUGGUGAACCCCAGCAUCGCCUGUCCCAUCCGCCACCGGGAGCCCCUCCCCCCCCCGCAGGGGGUCCCGGGCCCCGUGCGGGAAGCGUCCGCGGCUCCGCUGGGGGGCCCCCGGCCCGGCCUCCACGAGGACCACAUGGUACCGUGUUCUCUGCAAACGCCACAUUUUAAUGAAAUGUUGGGAAGAUCAAAGAUGAAGACGUCUCCAAUCGACCAGCGACGAACCGGCGAAAGGGAAGAACCCCGACGUCGCAGUAACGAUGCAUCUGUGGUCCAGGACACUAAGACCCUGAAGCCGGGAUGCUGGCCCCGCCCACCUGUGAACUACUGCAUCCUCAUCGCCUUGGCGCUGAAGAGCAGCCACACGGGGGGGCUCAAGGUGCAGCAGAUUUACAACUUCACCAGGGAGCACUUCCCCUUCUUCCAGACGGCUCCGGACGGCUGGAAGAACACCAUCCGGCACAACCUGUGCUUCAACAGCAGCUUCCGCAAGACCUGCAACCAGCUGUGCCGGGACGGCAAGAGGAAGUCGUGCUUCUGGCACCUGACGCUGGACGGCCAGCGGCGGCUGAGGGACGACGUCGGCGCGCUGACGGGGGAGUCGUCGCGGCAGCUGGAGAGGAGCAUGUCCCGCCCAGAUGUGAUUCAGAGUUUAUUCGCCAUGUGACUGCAGGUUGAAAAGAGUUGAUGCGUAAUUAAACUUUUUUGUUGCGCUGGAUAUUAUUUCUAUUUUGUUAAAUGUUUUGAUUUACUCCAUUCAAUGUUUAAAAAUCCAUAAAUAAAUACGUUGUAUGUUUAAGAAGGCGUCUGUCCUGUUUAAUGUUUUAUUUACUUCCGUAUUGAAGCUGAUGUUUUAUAAACUAUGAGGUAACAGUCAACAUCAUUUUAAACCUUUUUUUUAAAGAAAUAUUCCAUUUGUUGAGCUCAAACACUGAAGACGUGUGACUAGUUUUACAUCUUGGAUUAUUGGAUAAAAUGAGGUUUAUUAGUGGAC